GUGCUCAAUACUCUGACCAGCCAGUGACAUAAAGUGACACGACCAGCUCAGGUCCGCAGAGUAAAAGGUACAUUUCGGACUCAGUACCCGCGAGACCGGCCGCGUUAGUGCACGUGUUAGGACCGGAUUUUAAAAAAAUAAGCCCGCCAAAACGAACAUUUCGUAAACGGAACGUGGAUAAAAAUAUUCAAAUGUGAUUUCAUUGGAGUUGACGGCCAACGGUGAACUUGUUAGUUCAGUUAAUAAGUAAAUGUAAAUAAAUAAGGUUUUUACAAUUGCGUGAAGGCGUAAACGAGGACAAUACAGAUAACGCGCCAAACUUUUCGGGGCAUGUGAUACAUAGUAACAUAGUGCGGCGGGGAUAUCAGUCUGUGCUCUGACUAUGCGAAGACGGCCGCGCGCCUAGACGCCUCCAAACCUCUCACGGCAUUAUGCAACCGCGGCCGUAAUAGCGCCUCGAACGUACAUUAUAUUGACUUAGCAAGUUGACAUUUCACGCCAAUGCCGCAUUACUGAGAAUGGCGUUGGCGAAUUUUACGCUGGCGUCGGUCGCAGCGGCCACACCGGCCCUUGUUGAUACGUCCCCAGUGCCUGGCCCCUUGAGGCUCGGUCUAGACGACCUUCUGUACUCUCCAAAGGACUACCAGCCUGACAGUGACCCUCUAGCACCUGGCAAUGAGCCUUUCGCUCCACCAGUGAACCAACAGCAACGAAGGUCUAAAAUCCGGAAACGUGCUGGCACCGCCUACCUCCCUCCUCCCAACCAGUUCACACAUUAUCCUCGUCACGAAGAAGUUCCGCAAAACCCCUACGCGGGACAGCUUCAUACCCAAAUAUAUCAACAAAACAGUAGGUUAGACAUACAAAUAGAAAACCAACGAGUACAAGAAGUGAAUCCUCAGUACGAUAACACGGGGCAGUAUGUCCACGAUCCGACAGGAGACUACGAUUACGAGCAAAGGAGAAUAAACCAGAAAAGUGGUCAGAGGCCGCUUUAUAAUCCAGGCUACUCGGAUGCGCCUUAUCCACCAGCGACAUCACCGAGUCCAACAUCUAGUCGAAGGUUCGAGGGUCCCUCGAACCAGAAUGUGAAUAAUUUCAACUUUGUUAAUGGACCUAUUUCAACUCCAGCGCCAUUGCAACCUCGACAGCACAUAAACCCUGGAACAAAAGGCGGCAGUGGCAGCAGCAGUGACCAGACUCCCUCCGACCGUCCUCCCGGUUUCACUAAAGUGGAAACUGGAGGAUCCGGUGGCAAAACACAGCUGCACGCUGUCCUCGACUACGACGAUGAAUAUUACGACGACGAUACUGGAUCAGAUUCGGGCCAGCCUGCUGUGACGCCGGUUCAAGGGCCGAUUCUGCUAAGAAACGGAUCAGUUCCUGUGGUUCCUCUCACCUCCUACCAGACUGUUAAUAAUGGAUCAUUCUACCAAAUACCAAUCCUAUGGACGGCUCUCUCCGUGGCUCUGGGGUAUGAGCUUCAAGGACAGAUCAUCAGAGGCGUGCCAUGCGUUAAGCGCAACUACCAGCUGUAUUGUCCUACGGCUAGCAACACCUAUCCCUUAGACAAAAUCGAAGAGUUCAUAGACGAGAACAAGGCGCUAAUAAAACGGAUGUACGGGUCGUUCGCGACCCCUGGCGGGAGCCGCGUGCGCCGCGCGCCAGGGGUGCCGGAUAUGCACGCGGGGGAUUCUUACUUCCGUCAUGUCAGGCAGGCGUCCAACACAAACCUGCCUGAUCCGCAGUCGGUUAAUAGUACUGGCCGAGUGGACUCCUGUCAAAGUAAAACAGAGAUCAUGACGCCUUAUUGGGCGCUCAACUCCGCAAGAAAGCUACGAGCUAUCGUGAACACAAUGCACUUCGAGCAAGCCAUACACCAGGAAGUUUGCAGCAAAAAGUCAACAGCGCGAUGUAUGGGCGACUGCGGCUGCGAGCAGAAAUACAAAUGGCACCGUCUACUAGCUUACGACCCUAACGACGACUGUGCCGGGAUCUUCAUGGACUGGUUCCUCUUCCCCUCUUGUUGCGUGUGUCGGUGUAAACCUUAAUUGUCCCAAAUUGUACCUAUACUUAAUAGAAGUUAGUGCGGCCACAAUUGCGAGCAUUACUAAUAACAUCGACUUCUGGCAUGUGACCCUAACGAUGACUGUGCUGGCAUCUUUAUGGACUGGUUCCUCUUCCCUUCUUGUUGCGUGUGCCGGUGUAAACCUUAAUUGUCCCAAAUUGUAUACUUAAUAGAAGUUAGUGUGGCCACAAUUGCGAGCAGUACUAAUAGCAUCGAUUUCUGGCAUGGGACCCUAACGACGACUGUGCCGGGAUCUUUAUGGACUGGUUCCUCUUCCCAUCUUGUUGCGUGUGCCGGUGUAAACCUUAAUUGUCUCAAAUUGUGUACUUAAUAGAAAUUAUUGUUGCCACAAUUGCAAGCAGUACUAAUAGCAUCGACUUCUGGCAUGCGACCCUAACGACGACUGUGCCGAGAUCUUUAUAGACUGGUUCCUCUUCCCCUCUUGUUGCGUGUGCCGGUGUAAACCUUAAUUGUCCCAAAUUGUACCUAUACUUAAUAGAAGUUAGUGCGGCCACAAUUGCGAGCAGUACUAAUACAUCGACUUCUGGCAUGCGAUCCUAACGACGACUGUGCCAGGAUCUUUAUGGACUGGUUCCUCUUCCCUUGUGUGUUGUGUGUACCGGUGUCACCCUCCCCCCCAAUGUACCUACUUGAUAGAAGCUAGUGUGAUUGCAAUUCUUCUUCUUUUUAGGGGCUGUAUAAGGCUCCGAAGCCUAUGUAUUACUGCGACCAUUCCUGAUCUAUUGUGAUCGCCACCUACUACAACUCCUCGAUGCGUGAUUGCAAUUAUGAGCAGAAGUACUAAUGGCAUCGGCUUCUGGCAUACUAUCCUAACGACGGUAUAUUUAUGGAUUGGUUCCUCAUCCCGCAUCGGGUGCCUAUGUUUUUGUAACUAUGUAAUUGUUAACUGCUCCACACUGUGUACUUGGUAGAACUUAGUGACUUCCGUCAGAGCAGAGUUGCCGAAAACAUACUGCAUUGAAAAUGUUUGUUUUUUUGGAAAAAAACAUUGUCUAUGUUAACUCAAGUAAAAGAUACCGUGUGCCUAAAAGUAGGUACUCUGUUAAGAUCUUGUAUCUUGAGAGAGUUAGGUACAUUUACUUUUUACAUGCACUGUUUUUCAUGUGAAAGAAAGGGACAAACUCCGUUUAAGUCAUCUUUCAGUCGUUUUUUCGCAUAAGUGCACUGUUUUGGCUGCAAGCUGAUAUUUACUAUCAUAUCGUAUAGGUAUACAAUUGCUGUAAAGUUUGAUAAAAUAGACUUAAGUAAGAAACUACGAGCUAUCCGCUAUAAACGUUAACUACAAGUCAAAGUUUAAUAUUUAUAAAAUUGAUUGUAAAUAGAUUAUAAAAUAAUGUAUAUACUUACCUAUUUUAAAUUGAAUCGAAUAUGUUGGCUUCCUUUUAUAAUCUUCCAUGGUCAUAGAUAUAUAGAAAUUAACAUUAGAUUUAAAGAGAAACACUGCCAUUGUACGUACAGUACAUUUUGUAUUAUUUAUUAGGAUAAUUAUAUAAAGUUCAAGCCCGAACAUCAACGCAAAAUCGUAUAGUAUUUUUUAAGUGAUUUUUGAUAUUUCUAAUGUCUAUUGCGAUGAGUUAUCUACUAUUUAACAUGAAACAGUCUGUCCUCACAUAAACGCGCUUUCGAACUUAAUUAUUCAUAUAGUUUCAAACUAAAAAAGCGUACUCCCAUCUUAAAUUCCGGCAACGCAUUUACAACCCCUCUGGUGUUGCGGGUGUCCAAUUAAAUUGUUCAUGGGCGACGGUAACCGCUUACCACAAGUAUGGUAAAGUAUGGGAUUCAUCUGCUCGAAAUAAAAAUAAUCCUCUUCAGCCCAAUUUAAUUACAUUGAUGUGUAAAUAGUUAUUGGCGGAAGUCUACCGCAAACUAUGCCAUAGUGAAAACGGAAACGGAUUUCAAUUUACAUCAAAACUGGAUCUCUGGCUGAUUUAUAUAUAUAAGCCGUGGCGAGUUCUCGACGCUUCUGGGCUAUAACCGCGAAAAUCGAAGUUCGCAAAUUGCGGGCAUUUUUCUGUGUCACUCUAAUUACGUCUUCACUGGAGUAAAAGAGAAAGAUCCCCGCAAUUUGCGAAUUUCGGUUUUCGCAGUAGCCCAUCUGACUUCAUGUAUUUUUCGGUUUUAUAAUGGUGUCUGUAAAGCAUUAUUAUUACCUACGCGAUUUAAGCACAGUUUGAGAUUUUGUGUUGCUGUGUAACUAUUUGUACCUACUGGGUUUAGUUUAUUAGCACCCGGACUCUCAUUAUAAGUAUAUUUGGCCCAGAAGACACUUGAAACUUGAUUAUUUUAAUGUAAAUUCGAUAAUUUUAGUGAUUGACAAUCAAAUAUGUAUAGAAUUAAAUAUUAUUCUAAGGUUAAUGUAAUAUUAUAAGCAUACCUACCAAUGCAACGUCCGUAGGAGAGUACUUAGUUUUUGGUUAAUAAAGUGCAAUGAAUA